AUCAGCAGUUGCAGCAUUGAGAUAUCACCAGCAGCAUUACGUGUUGUGCCUGUGGUGUCAUGGCCAACGAACAGCCACGUCGCCCCUCGUCUGCCUACUUCCUUUGGCUGAGUGAAAAUCGCGAAGCAAUUGCCAAGUCUUUGGGGACUGGAAAGGGUUCAGAAGUCUCGAAGAAGGCAGGUUUAUUUUGUUUGCCUAGUGCCUAGGGCCUAGAUGAGCUGUUUGUUUGCAUCGUUUUGUAUCCGCGUCACUGUGAGAAUGUUAUUAUCGUGAAGAAACAUGGAAGACACCAAUUCCACGUCUAUGCCUUUGCAGGCUGGUCAAUUGUGGAGAGAGUUGAGUCAGGAAAUAAGGAAGCCCUUCGACAUGCAAGCCAAACUUCUCAAAGCAGACUAUGACAAAAAGAUGACCCUCUUCAAAGCGCAGGGCGGCGUAGUGACCAGAAAGCGUCCAAGCGGAGAAGAUUCUAAGGAUUCCAAACCUCGACGUCCAACUGGUGGUGGCUACGGCUGCUUCCUAGCUGCCAAACGGCCAGAAAUUGCAAAGACCCUGCCAGAGGGCUCCAAGAUCACCGAUGUGAGCAAGGCAGCGGGUGAGAUGUGGAGAGGUCUUACAGCAUCUGAGAAGAAGCCGUACGAGGAGGAAUUCUUGAAAAGACUGGCUGAAUACCAGGAGGCAAAGGAAGCUUAUGAUGCUGCGAAGCAAGGUACCAUUGACCUGCUUGAACUGGCAAUGCCAAGCAAGAAGGCAAUUAAGGCCGGAGCUUAGUGGUUUAGGAUGGUUCAGGGCUGCUGCAGUGUCCGCUUGGACAGAUGCAAGUCCAGCACAGCCACGGUGUUUUGGCCAGAGGGGCUCUCUGCCCAUUGGGGCUUUGCUUCUCUUCUGGGGGUGCAGAAGAUGAGGAAGCACUUUGCCUGUACAGCUUUGCCACUGAAAAAGACGCAACUGUUUUCCACAACUUGUACCGCUGGAUCUCAUCUUGCAUUCCUUCCACUGAAAGUUUGUU